UACUUUACUGACUGACUUACUGGAGGCAGGUCAGACAGGGGGAUGGGGGACUGAGUCUUGAGUUUUGGUGGACCUUAACAACCUCAACACCAACAACACUUCCUAUUUUAGAGACUCCAAGAAUGAUAAUCAGAAAUAUUUUCCGAGGAAACCAGAGUGUGAUGGCAGUGUUGGGUUGUAGUAGACGACCUCACACUCACUCCAGUUCUUUAUCGAGAUUACAAGCAAGACAGUCACACUGGUGGUGCAGGAGAACUGCUCAAGUAUCAGCAUCAUUAAACACAAGAUGUGCGGAGGACGGUAACAACUUGUUGUAUAUACCAUCUUGUUCAGCAUCCUGGAAUGUAACAUUGAUACUGAGAAACAGGUCUUAUGGUAACAGUGAUGAUGUGGCUAAGGCUGUAGAUGAUGAACUUGGGCAUGUAAUUAGUGAAGAUUGUGCCCUAGAAGAAGGAGAAUUUUUUGACAGCCCAUACCAUCUGAACAGAAAGAUUAAUUUUAAAGAUGUUGGGAAAAAAGUUAAUGUUGGUGAAUCUGUGAUUCAAGAACUGAAUAAUCUUUUUCAAAUUAACCGUAUUGAUGCCCUACAUAUGGUUCACUCCAAGAAAUUCCUCUUGGUGUCUGAUGCUGCUAUUUUGAAAACUCUUUACUUUCUUAAAGACAAAAAUAUCUCAUCUGAACAACUACAGCGAGUAACUUGGAUAAUGCUGCAUCAUGUAGAUGAUCUUCAAGAAAAAUUGACAAAGUUAUUAGAGCCGCAUUUAUUCCACACGUACUCAGAAGCCCUAGGGUUUUGUCAGUUUACAUUAAAAAUGAUAAGUAGAUACCAAGAUCACUUCAAAUCAGAGGUGGAAGAUUUUCCUCAUCACCCAAACCGUGUCUAUUAUUUGGCUGAAAGAUUGAAGGUGCCAGUGGAGCAGAUUACAGAGAAGAUUUUGAAGGCUAAGCAAAUACUUACCAUGGAAAUAAAGCGUAUAAAACACUUAUUGAAUGUCUUCAAUGCAUAUGGGGUGCAGCCAGAAGACAUUGUGUGUGACAUAAGAGUGUUGUGCCACAAUGCUAAAAUGGCGGAGGAGAGACUGCGGGUUGCUGUUCAGGCAGGAUGCACGAGACCCAAGCCCUGGAUUUGUUACGCAGCUGAUCAUAUUUUUGACAGAUUCUGUGAGCGUCUACUGUCCCAAAAAGAGGUGCUGGCAGGGCACAAAGAUAUGGCAAGCUACUUAACACAUAGGCUGGAGUGUGACCGCCAUAUGGUUGAUACGUAUUUCAAAUGUAUCCAAAACCAGGAGGACUUGAAUUUUAGUAUACUGAAGAAGAAAAUUGAUCUUUUGUUUUCUGAAGGAUUUACCCCACAGGAUGUCAGGUCCUGCAUGUAUGUGUUGCAUCGCUCAGAGAGGACACUGGCAACAAGGAUCAAGGAGUUGAAAGAAAUUGGUUAUUUUCCAUUCCCUCUUGUUGUCUUGUGCAAGUCGAAAUAUGUAUACAUGAGAGCUGUUGACCGUUAUAAAGAUGAACACUGUUUUAAAAAUAAUGUUGACAUUUAAAAUGUGAUGGAGCAAAUAGAUUUUGUAGAAGUGUGUAUAACAGAAUUUUAAAAUUGACUGUAAUUAAAGAUUUUCAAAUUUAAAUGGCCAUUGAGUUAUUAUUGAAAGAAUUGAGAGUAAGACAGAGAGUAGGACAGCAGAUGAACAGGGAGGCUUUAGGAAGGGUAGGGGGCAUGUAGACCAAGUGUUUACAGUGAAACAUAUAGGUGAACAGUAUUUAGAUAAGGUUAAAGAGGUUCUUAUGGCAUUUAUGGAUUUGGAAAAGGCGUAUGACAGGGAGGAUAGGGAGGCAAUGUGGCAGAUGUUGCAGGUGUAUGGUGGGAGACAGCCAACUUGUUGGACAAAAAAAAAAAAGUGAGGUUCGGGUUAGAGUAUGUAGGAGAGAGGGAGAUUAUUUCCC